CGGAACGCGGUGCGGUGCGCGCGGCGUUCUGUGUCCCGCCCCUCACCGGAACGAGCCCGAGACCGUCUGGGGGAGGGGCGGCGUCGGCUCCUCGUUCUGUGUUGGGGCUCGUUCACACGCAGGAGGCGGAAGACCAGCUGGGCGAGUCUGCAGCAAAUUUGGAGACAGUGAGCUCAAGUGAACAAGUGCCUUACAUGUGAAACUAGGCUGUUUGCCUCAGUCUCCUGUGCUAGAGUGUUCUCAGGAGGAAAAAAACCCCAACAACUGAAAAUCUAUUCUGGCAAUAAGUGUUUUAGCUGUGUUGCCAUCUAAAUAUAAUAGGAAUGGAAACUAUACAAACAAGUUCCACUGCUGUAUUGAUUCUUGAAAGGUUGUAAUCUGUGUCAGCAGGGGUUGGUCUUUCUCCUGUGCCAGCUUUGAGCUCAUCUGAAGAAAAAACUGAACUUGCCACCAUGGAAGAACUUCAGCAUUUACAUUGUGUGAACUGUAUUAGUCGGCGUUGUAUGAUCAGAUCAGAAGCUGGCAUUUCCUGUGAUUUAACUGGUUGCCCUUUGGUUUGUGGAGCAGUAUUUCAUUUAUGUAAAGCUGAAGAGCAUCGUCUUUUAUGUCCACUUGAACGAGUGCCUUGUCUCAACAGUGGCUUUGGCUGUCCAUUUACCAUAACCCGAAACAAAAUUGCUGAACACCUAGAAACUUGUCCUGCAAGUGUUGUAUGCUGCACUAUGGAAUGGAAUAGAUGGCCAGUCAGUUAUGCAGAUCGAAAAUCUUAUGAGAAUCUAAGUAAAGAUGUUGAUGAAAUUGAACAGCUAGAUAUGGCUCUUGCCCUUCAAGAUCAGCGGAUGCUUCUUGAAUCUCUCAAAGUUGCAACUAUGACAUCAAAAAGUCCUGACCCAGUGUUAAAACCCAGAGAACAAUCUUCUGUUACAAGUGCCCCAGAUGCUACAGUUUCAAAUGGGUUAUUGCCUGUAGAUGAAGAGUCAUUUGGUGCACUUUAUCAAGCCACUGUGGAAACAACCAAAAGCUUAGCUACAGCUCUAGAUAUUCUAAACACUGCUACCAGCAUGUUAAGUUCAAAACUCAGUAUCUUACCAUGUAAAACAAAUGCAGAUUUUCAUGUAAAAGAACAAAUUUGUAAUAGCAGCAUGCAAACCAUGGUAGAGCAUGACUCCCUAGAGGAAAAUAGUAUGGGAGCAGUUGGUGGCAUUAAGUUAGGUAUUUUGAAUCAAAAUGGGCAAUUAGAGCAAAAUGGAUCAAGUGACAUUUGUUAUGAUGCUACAAAACACUACAAACUGAAUAUGAGUCUUGAUAAUACUUCUUUAUGUAAUGGCUUUUAUGUAGAUGAUACAAGCACAGAGAAACUGCAACAGAAUGAAGAACUAAAUAUAUGUAAUUCCAGCCAGUUUAAUGUAGCAAAUAGUAUUUACAGUGCAUCCCCCUGUGAUAAAGCACCAAAUGUUUGCAACUCAGUUCCUGUAGCAGCACAAGUUAAAGAUGAAAUACCUCUGUACAGUUUGUCUAAUGGCACCAUUAAUCAUAUAUAUAUGUCACAUGACUGUAAUGAAGAGCUAUUACAGAGAGAAAUAGAACAAGAAAAACUCAAAAAUAUUGAUGUAUUUUCUUUAAUUCCUCACCAUACCUACAAUUACUUAGCAAAUUACUGCUUAUCUGCAUCAAAGGAAGACAAAGCAGUAGAUACAUCAGAUCUGGAAAUAACAGAGGAUCCUAUGGGACUUCAGGGAAUAGACUUAAUCACAGCAGCAUUACUGUUUUGCCUUGGAGACUCUCCUGGUGGUAGGGGAAUAUCGGAUAGUCGUAUAAUUGAUGGAUACCAUGUUGAUUUUGGGACUCAGACAUUUUCUCUCCCUUCUGCAAUUCUGGCCACAAAUACAAUGGUAGGGGAAAUUGCUUCAGCAUCUGCAUGUGAUCAUGCAAAUCCACAGCUCUCAAAUCCAAGCCCUUUUCAGACUCUUGGGCUAGACUUGGUACUAGAAUGUGUGGCUAGAUACCAAACAAAGCGUUCAAUGUUUACAUUUGUUUGUGGACAAUUGUUUAGACGAAAUGAAUUUUCUUCACAUUUUAAGAAUGUACAUGGUGAUAUUCAUGCUGGCCUAAAUGGCUGGAUGGAGCAGCGAUGUCCUUUGGCGUAUUAUGGAUGUACAUAUUCUCAGCGCAGAUUCUGUCCUUCAACACAAGGAGCAAAGAUUAUUCAUGAUCGGCAUCUUCGGUCCUUUGGGGUUCAGCCUUCUAUAUCUACAGUGUUGUCAGAGCCUGAUAAGAGAUGCUGCUUAGGGCUGCAUGGUGACAAUCUGAGUAAUCUUCCUUUUGAGGUUCUACAGCACGUUGCAGGAUUUCUAGAUGCCUUUAGUUUAUGUCAGCUUUCACAAGUGUCACGGUUAAUGAGGGAUGUAUGCGGAAGCUUACUUCAGGCACGUGGAAUGGUCAUCCUGUUGUGGGAAAAGAGGAUAUAUCCAGAUGGAAGUUUUUCGUGGCAAAUAAAGGAAAAGGUAUGGCGAUUCAGCACAGCUUUUUGUACUGUAAAUGAAUGGAAAUUUGCUGACAUUGUAAGCAUGGCUGAUCAUUUGAAAAAAUGCAGUUUCAAUGCCAUAGAGAAACGGGAGGAAGCCGUGCCACUGCCGUGUAUGUGUGUUACAAGAGAACUAACAAAAGAAGGACGGUCGUUGCGCUCAGUCUUGAAGCCUGUACUUUAAAGACGAAGAAUAAUUCUAAUUGCACAUUCAAGCACCUGAAGUAACCUCUUUAUGAUAAUUUGUGACACUUUAUUAAUUUACUAAAUAUGAUUUCUGGAUAAAUUUGUCAUUAUGUACAUAAUGUUUUGAAGGUGCAUUUAUUUUUUUAUAAUAUGAUCUGGUUAGAAUGAACAAAAACUGCCUUAAAAAUGGAACUUGCUGGUCAGGGGACUUUUUAUCGUUUGUAGUUUCUUCUUUUGGGGUUUCCCUGACUAACUGUAUCCAUUUCUUUUUAUUGAGUUCAAGAGACAUGCUCAUCCAGGCAAGAAGUCUUCUUUGUAUAAUUUUGUCUCUUUGGAAAUUCAGGUGUAACAUUGAACACUAGUCAAAAUUUAGCAGCAUAUGUUUCAAUCAGUCUGUUCAUUCUAUGGAUUGCUGUGUUCAUAUAAGCUGAUUCAGUGCUAUUUAAUGUAACUUCUUGUUAAGAUUAGGAAGUGUGAUUUUAGUGUUAAUGCAAAUGAAUAGGAGCAUAAUCCACAAGUAUUUGAAGUUAGGAUCAAAACUUCUAAUUUAAUGCAGCAAACUCCCAUCAAGUAAAUCCUGAGAUAGAAUAGUUUUCUUCUAAAAGUACCUUCUCUUGAUAUUCAACACAAACUGCUACUAUCAGCAGUUCAGUGGAACAAAAUUCAAUUUUAUUUCAGACUUUAAAGUAUACCUAGGCUAGACUUUUGGAAUGAUACAUUUUCUUCCCUUUUUCAUUGUUUGGUAUUAAUAAAAGGUAAUCUUGAAAAAAUCAUAAUUGUUUGCUGUAAUUAGCUAUACAGGAUUCGUAAUGUUUCGAUUAAUACAUUUAACAAAGGGCUUAAGUUUUAUGGUGUUAAGAUGCAUUCUAUUACAUUAACAAGUCUGUGGAUGUACUGUAUGGUUUCAAGGCUAUUUUAAAGGGUUCAGGACUCAUUCUGAGCACACUUUAAAUUCCAUUGGAAUUUCUGUCCUAGCAAAUGUGUUUAGGGUAGCGAUAUUGAUAUGCCAUCUUCAUAAGAUGAGAACUAAUUCAUUGCCUAAAGUGUAUCUUAAACGUUUAUUUCAUAACUCCAUAUUUUCCAUAGUCUUCCAUAAUGAGGUUUGUUGAAUGUUUUCUCUAUUUACAAAAUGC